AUGGCAGAGACCAUACGCCCAGCUAAGUCUACCAGAACCAGAAAUAAGCCUCCUUUCCUCAAGAAGGCCCCCAAGCCGGACGUUGUAGCGUUGAUGGUUUUGGCUUCUUCGCUUUCUCGUUUGUACUUCUCGCAUCCAUAUUUUCCUGCUGAUACCUUCAAGAUGUCUGACUUUGGCGGAGAUGACCAUGACGACCGCGAGGAGACUGGCCUCGACUAUGAGCCAGCUGAAGACUUCUAUGACGAUACUGCGGUUGAUGACUAUGCGGUGGAUGACCAGCAAGAAGAAGGUUAUGCGGUGCUGAACGGUGAUGGACAGCCUGUCACUACCAACGGAGAGAACGGCGACCCAAAUGCCUCCUCCGGCCAGGGACAAGGGAAAACAAUACUGCAGCAACGUGAGAAGAAAGUUGCCAAUGAUCAGCGGACAACAACACCAUACAUGACCAACAUGAAUGCCCCUAUCCUUGUCGAUUUGGAGGGCGAGACCGAUCCCCUCCAAAUUGCUCUUAAAGAGCUCAAUCAGAAGAAAAUCCCACUAAUUAUCAGGAGGUAUCUUCCAGACGGAUGGUUAGUACUUCCAUAG